UCGUUCCAGGAGAGAGAGCUAUGGAUCCAGAUCGGGUUCAGUAUUGUGGCCGAUUGGAUCAUUGCGCCUUUGCUCAUGGUAUGCAUCUGUCCUCCUCGAUAUUGACGUGACUUAAGACACGUGCUGAUAAAUAUUGGUGCUGGGCCGCAGCAGGGUCUGACCUAGGCAUCUCUACCAGAAGAGAGAGUAUGAGAGAGGGACUAAUUGGAAUUGCGCAUUGCAUUGCCAAGGGAAGUACACUUCCGGGACACAAUGCCAUGCAGUGCAGGAUUGACGGACGCAGGUUCUUGUCUGGACAGGAUUUGCAGGCAGUGGUGGCGAAUACUGCGUCAUCCUCGAGGCGAUCAACUCCAUACUGCAGAUUGUCGUGCACACAAAGCUGCACUGCGGCAUGUAAUAACUUCGAGUCGACGAUCGCAGUGGCAAUUGCCACAUCUGGUGUGGAUAGUGAUCAGGCGUUGGCUGCUACCGUUGGACCACUGGUUGAGGUGCCGGUGUUGGUGGAAAUGGUGUAUGCAGUUCGGUGGUAUGCCAGGAAGCGGAGGUGGGAAGCGUAAAUCAUAGACUUUUUUGUCCUUCAAUUUGAUAAAAUACACCCUAGAGCUAUCCGUGCCAGCUAGGGAGCUGACCCCUGGGAGUCAGCUGUAGAGGUUACAGAGGCAACUUAGUUGUCGCUAAUCUCGUCAAGAACUUGGAACAGA